AUGUCAAAGUUCCAACUUCUCACCACUAUGUUUGAGAAUCUAAGAAUGAAUGAAGAUGAAUCUAUUUAUGAUUUCAACAUCAGACUACGUGACAUUGCCAAUACUUCCCUUUCAUUAGGAAAGAAGAUGUCUAUGGAAAAUUUGGAUAGAAAAAUCCUAAGAUCUCUUCCUAAGAAGUUUAAUAUGAAGGUCAUGACUAUUGAAAAGGUCCAAGACCUUGGUAGGAUCAAAGUUGAUGAACUCAUUAGUUCUUUACAAACCUUUGAGAUGGCCUUAAAUGACAUAUCUGAAAAGAAGAAAAAAGGCAUAACUUUUAUGUCAAACACUGAAGAAUAUGAAGGUCAAAAUAAAUCAAAGAGUAUUGCCAUCAAGAAAAGGAAAGCAUUUGAAAAAGUUGGUACCUCUGAAAAGGAACCGCACGUGCAUGCUCAUAUUAUUAUUGAAUAUAUUCCUGUUAAUGAGGAAGUUUUGUCUAAUCCCAUUAUGAAAGAUAUUGAUCAUACUGGAAAAUCUUUUGAGGAACCACACGUGGAACCACGUGUUAAAUCACAUGUUGAUUCACAUGUUGAACCAAAUGUUGGAAAAUUUGUCCCAACAUAUGGUGAACUACAGAAGAAAAUCCCUCAAGAGAAGCCUGGGAAUAAGAGAAGAAAGGUUGAAGUGAAAGUUGUUGAAAAGAAGUAUCUUAAGAGAAAACUUGUGCAAACAAGUGACUCUGAGAUAGAUGUUGAAGUUGAUGUCCUAGACAUCACACUCUCUUCUAGGAGAAAGAUUGGAGGAAAAAGAGUUAUAGUCAAUAUUCCUUCUAUCCCCUUGGAUAAUGUUUCAUUCUACUCUGAAGAAAGUGUGCAAAAUUGGAAGUAUGUGUGUAAAAGAAUAGUUGCUUCUAAAAGAGAGCUAAGAAAAGAUGUCAUUGAAUGGCAAGAAAUAAAAAAUCUUUCAAAGGAUGUUGGAUUGAUGACAAUUGUCUCAGAUAUGGGACCUUGCUAUGAAAACAUGGUUAAAGAGUUUAUUGUGAACCUAUCUCCUGAAUGCAAUGUUGAAGGAAGUCAAGAGUAUAUGAAGGUUUGUGUUAGAGGGAAAUGUGUGAAGUUUUCACCCUUCAUUAUUGAUGCAUAUAUGGGAAUAACCAAGUAA